AUGGCUACUUACGACCCUUCCCUGGUCUCCAAUGACCCGACCUUGGUCGGUUCUCGACCCUCUGACUAUGAGGCAUCUGUGGAUGAGAAGCUUCCAAGCGAGCAAAGCGCCUCGCACGUCUAUCAGAUCCAUAACACGCUGUUCCGACACCAUUACAAUGUGACCACCGCCCAGGGGAUGCAGCUGUACCGGGUGGAGAACUCCUCUUGUACGCCCAAGAAGCCAGACCUUACCUUCCACGCGGGGUCUAACGAAGCCGGCCCGAUUGUGGCCGUCUGCAAAUUCCUACAUUUUUCGAGACAUAUCAAGGUCGGUCUGGGCGAUCCCAGCGAUAUCAAUGGAAUUAUAUACGAGGAUCUGCUAGCGCAAGAUCACCGACAUGCCAAGUAUCGUUGGCAGAUGACGAUGCAAACUGCUCAGGGCCCGGAACGGCACUCGUUCCUCUGGACCCGGACACACUCAGUCGGGAUUAAGGAGGAUCGCAAGACGAACAGCUUGAGUAAUCGCAACUUUAAACUCGUUGAGGAGCAGACCGGCAAGGUCGUGGGGGUAUUCACCAAUGCUGUUUGGAAGUACAAGGAGACUGGCAGGCUUGUAAUGUUUGUGGAUCAUGGGGAGGAAUUCGACCUGAUGGCACUGAUCACAGUGCUGGCCUUGUACGAGAAAGCCCGGCGGCGCAGGGAUUCUGCUGCUGCUAGUGGUGGCGGCGGUGGUGCACAAAGUUUUGGUGCUGAGGACCGUGUUGAUGACUGUGAUGAGUUACGACCCUCCUGUUCAAAUUGCUCAAAACGUCUAGCAACCUGCGAGUAUGACUCUAGCUCAUCACUGCUAUGGACAAAUGAAGAACCCCCUUCUCGCACACGGUCCACGAAGUCUAGCCCAGCAGGAGCCUCCCAGUCUGACUCUGCUGCGGCUACGACUGCCAACUCCCUCAACAUCCUGGGAAGAUGGGGUGAUGCAUUCGCCGCCUCGCAAGCAGUCCCCAGCUUGAACAUCACAGACCUGGAGCUGAUGAUGCAGUGGUGCAACUCAACGCACAAAAGUGUGUCUCGGGGCGAACACACGGACCACAUUUGGCGCUUUCGCGCUUCAGAGGAAGCAAUCACGCAUCCUUUCCUAAUGCAUGGGUUACUCGCGCUUUCCUCUCUGCAUAUUGCACGAACAAAGCAUGAUACCCAGCAGCGUCCCAUUUAUCUCAGCACUGCAGUUGCACAUCAGGCUCAAGCACUGGCACUUUUCCGCGAGAGGCUAAGCGAUAUCAACUCAUCUAAUGCAAGGGCUAUGUUUGCAUUCGCCAGUGUUGUGGUCUACUACACUUUUGGCUUACCUCACGCACCCGAGUCUAGCGAUCCAUGGGCAAACGUGGAUGACCUGAUUCAGAUAUUCACGCUCGCGCGCGGGGUUCAACAUAUACUCAAGCAAGCUACUUCGGUCAUAAAGAGCGAUGAAUGGAGCAUGAUUUUCAAGGUGGAAGACUUGAAUGAGGACUACUUGAGAGACGCACAGUCAAGCUUGGAGCGGUUGCAUGAGGUGAACAACGCUUGCGGGGCUCAGGACGACACCCAUGACACAGCUGCGUACGAGAGUGCACUUGACCGUCUGGCAGAAAUGCUGGCUGAGGCUCGUACUGGUCUAUCCUCUGUGUCGAUUUCCUGUCGAUGGGCGAUCAGACAACUGCCUGAAUUCAUGGAACUUUUGCGGGAGCGCAAACCGCUAGCUUUGGUUAUGCUAGCAUAUCACUGCGUUGUCUUCCAUCACCUGAGGGAUGCAUGGUAUAUGGGGGAUCGGGGUAGCAGAGUAGCACGGGCAUUAUGGGAAGUUCUGGACGAUAAAUGGAGGCCACUGAUUGAGAGUCAUAUGCUGGAAAUAUUCGGAGAGACACAUCCAGUUAAUACGCCUGAUACAGCAGGAAUAGAACAUCAGGAAACCAUUUCGUGA